AUGGGUGUUUGUGAACUGUGGUUCAUUCUUCUGCUGCUACCUGCAUAUAACAACAGCCAAGUGACUCUUGUGAAAACCACUGGGAGAGAACCAUAUGUUGCUCAAAUAUGCACCAAUGCAACAAUUGAUAUCAUCACAUCUGUAACGUGUAAGAUCAGCACAGAGAGGAUCAGAGGACCAGAGUGUAACCUGACGUAUCGCAUUGAACACGGCUUAAAGCAUGGAUGUGACUCCAGGUUCAGACUCAUGAAUGAGAGUCAGACUAUAUUUCUUAACCUGACCAGUUUAACACCAGAGGAUAGUGGGAACUACAGCUUGACUGAUGUGAAAACCACUGGGAGAGAAUCAUAUGUCGCUCCGAUAUGCACCAAUGAAAUAAUGAAUACCGUUUUAGUAGUGGUGUGUAAGAUCAGCACAGACAAGAGCAGCGGAGCAGAGUGUCGACUGGCAUACAGAUAUGGACAGGAGUUAUUUAAUGGAUGUGACUCCAGAUUCACACUUAUGAAAAAGAAUCAGACUUUCUUUCUUCAGUUGACCAAUUUAACAUCAGUGGAUAGUGGGAACUACAGCUGUGAAUGUACAAAACGUGAAGGAACAAAUACUCUCCAUCUUAACAUCACUGUGGAAGCAGAUGAAGAGGUCAACUCCAGUAUUUUGCCUAUUUCUACCUCUUUGGCAGUAGGAAUAAGUUGUGGUGUUACUGCAUUCAUCGUUAUUACUGGAGUUGUUCUUGGAUUCAUCCUCAGAAAAAUUCAUUGCAGAAACUGUUCAAGAACAGACACAUCUGCAUUACCUGCACGUGAAACUCCCAGGUCCUUGGAUAAAGAUGACCCAGACAACCUUUAUGCAAACCUUAUGUGUCCAAUAACUGAUGUCUACCAAACUGUCUCGUCAAAACGCCAUCAACAUGGCACCAAGACAAAUUCAGCCAGAGACAGUGAUCCAAGUGAUCAAAUUUAUGAAAACAUUUGAACCAAGAGAAGAGAACAUAAACAUGUAACUCUAUGACAUUAUUUCCCUAAAUAUGGAGAUUACAGCAUCGGAGGGUGUUUUGAUACCAUGACAACUGUUUUAUUUCUGACUUACAGAGGAAAAAUAUUCCACUUGCCUCUCUACAUUUAUCGUCAUCACACAGCAAAAAAACACACAACUUCCUGUGUAGAUUCACUGCUUCG